CGGUUUUGCUUGAGGAAUCAAGGUCAGAGGUUAAAGGUCAGGUAAUAGGAGACCCAAACGUAAACCGGCUAUCGACGUGACACUGGACUUGUGUUAGAAACUAAUAGGUCCUACUACAACAAGAAAGACAGUUACGAUGUCACAACCCACAGGAGACAUCGCCCUUAUAGGACUGGCAGUCAUGGGCCAGAAUCUGAUCCUAAACAUGAACGACCAUGGCUUUACUGUUGUUGCAUUUAACAGAACUGUAGAAAAGGUGGAACACUUCUUACAAAAUGAGGCUAAAGGAACCAAGGUCAUUGGUGCCAAGUCCAUGGAAGACAUGGUCAGCAAACUAAAGAAGCCAAGACGGGUUAUGUUGUUGGUCAAGGCUGGUCAAGCAGUGGAUGACUUCAUCCUCAAACUGGUUCCAUUAUUAGAAAAGGGAGAUAUCAUAAUUGAUGGCGGGAAUUCAGAAUACACAGACAGUAAUAGGCGGUGUAAGGCUUUAGCUGCCCAGGGUCUUUUGUUUGUGGGGAGUGGUGUAUCAGGGGGAGAGGAUGGUGCUCGAUACGGCCCCUCCCUGAUGCCUGGGGGAGCUGAGCAGGCCUGGCCAGCUAUCAAAGAUAUUUUCCAGUCCAUAGCAGCAAAGUCAGGCAAUGAGCCAUGUUGUGAUUGGGUUGGUCCUGAUGGAGCGGGCCAUUUUGUGAAGAUGGUACACAAUGGAAUCGAGUACGGCGACAUGCAGCUGAUCUGUGAGGCGUACAAUGUGAUGAAGGACGCGCUCGGAAUGUCACAAGCAGAGAUGGCUGAUGUAUUGGACGAGUGGAAUAAAGGAGAAUUGGACUCUUUCCUAAUAGAAAUUUCCCGAGACAUUCUGCGCUUUAAAGACAAGGAUGGACAAUAUCUUCUCGAGAAAAUCAGAGACACUGCUGGGCAGAAAGGGACUGGCAAAUGGACCGCCAUAUCUGCCCUGGAGUACGGAGUUCCCGUUUCACUGAUUGCUGAGGCAGUGUUUGCGAGGUGCUUAUCCUCACUACAAGGGGAGAGAAUUGAAGCUAGCAAACAAAUCCAGGGUCCUAGUAAAACCAAAUAUGAGGGAGAUAAAAAACAGUUUAUUAAUGACAUCAAAUAUGCCCUAUAUGCCUCCAAAAUAGUUUCCUAUGCCCAAGGUUUUAUGUUGAUGAGAGAGGCAGCUAAGGAAUUCAAAUGGAAGCUAAACUUCGGAGGGAUCGCUCUGAUGUGGCGAGGGGGUUGUAUCAUAAGAAGUGUUUUCCUAGGAAACAUCAAACAAGCUUUUGACAAGAAGCCAGAUCUAAGUAAUCUGCUACUGGAUGAUUUCUUCAAGAAGGAGGUCCAGAAGUGCCAGGAGUCGUGGAGGAAGGUUGUGGCCACGGCAGUGACUCUAGGAAUCCCCACUCCAGCAUUCAGCACUGCUCUGGCUUUCUUUGAUGGAUACAGAUCUGCCAGGCUACCAGCUAAUCUCAUUCAGGCUCAGCGGGACUACUUCGGAGCACACACUUACGAACUGCUGGACAACCCAGGACACUUCAUCCACACAAACUGGACUGGUCACGGAGGCAAUGUUUCUUCCACAACUUACCAAGCAUGAUCUCUUCUCCACAGACAUGUUCAUUCACCCACCUCCAUUUAGAUCUAUUAAAGCGACUGUUUUUUAGAAUAUCCAAACUUCGCAUCAAUAUUCCUCUCUGUGGAUGGACAAUGCUUUGCCACAGACCUGUGGAACUGCAUAAUGAACAAAUUGUAGUAACUAAUAUAAAAAAAACAUACUAGUGGAUCUCUGUCUGUUACUUUUUUCUCAUCAAUAUAAUGCAUAUACAUGAAAAUUAUUAUGCUUUUUAUUUAUUAUUUAAUCUCAUAUUUACAUUCUUUGUUGUGCUAUUAAGAAUAGAAAAGAUUUAUUCAUACAUUGAUUUCAUCAAUAGAACAAAAUAAAAUAUUGAGAGAAGUUUUA